AUCUGAAAGUAUCAUGCUUAUAAUGUGUAGACGAGUUGAUACAACUAGUUUAGAUGAAAUAGCAUCUGCAAUUGGUCCCUGGACAAAGCUUGUCUGGCUGGAGAGUCCCACAAAUCCUCGACAAAUGGUUUCUAAUAUUCGUGAAAUAGUUAAAAUGGCUCAUGCUCAUGAUGCUCUUGUCUUGGUGGAUAACAGUAUAAUGUCUCCUGUAGUGUCACAACCUCUGGAACUAGGAGCUGACAUUGUUAUGCACUCAGCUACCAAGUUCAUUGCUGGGCACAGUGAUGUGAUGGCAGGUGUACUGGUUGUAAGAGGGGACAGGUUAUGCAUGGACUUUCUUUACAGUGAACUAUUAGCAAAAGAGCUAUACUUUCUACAAAAUGCAGAAGGGUUUGGGUUGGCUCCAUUUGAUUGUUGGCUCUGCUUACGAGGAAUUAAGACAAUGGCUUCACGAAUUGAGAAGCAGUAG